AUGGCUUAUCAAGCGAUUCCGGGCCCUAGCUCGGGAUCGAGUUCAAGCUCAGGUUUUCAGUACAUGAAUUCUCCGUUUGGAGAUACAACUUAUACUAAAGUCUUUGUUGGGGGGCUUGCUUGGGAGACGCAAAGCGAGACCAUGCGUCGCUAUUUCGAGCACUUUGGUGAUAUUCUUGAGGCUGUUGUCAUCACUGAUAAGAACACUGGCCGAUCAAAAGGCUAUGGAUUUGUAACUUUCCGAGAACCAGAAGCCGCUAGGAGGGCCUGUGCUGAUCCUACUCCGAUUAUCGAUGGUAGACGGGCUAAUUGUAAUUUGGCUUCACUUGGGAGACCUCGGCCACCUCUUCCAUAUGGACGUCUGAGACCGGCUGCCCCAUACGUUGCAAUUUCUUAUGGCUACCAACAAGGCUUGAUGUAUCAUCCAUAUAGUUAUGCGGCAUAUGGACCUGAAUACGUUUAUCAACAGGGUGUUUACAACCCUUAUGCUGCUGGCCAGCAGUACCUUCAGAUAUAUGGAGUUCCUGGAACAGUUAACACAGGCAUGUAUCCUUAUGGGCAGUUGGGUCAGAAUGUUCCUGGGGGUCAUGGUUAUACAACAAUGCAAGGAUAUGCUGUGCCAGGUCAUCAGAUUGUGCAGUUUGGUGGACCAAGUGUCAAUGCGAUAACAACUUCGCCUAUGCCAUCAAUUCAAGCACCAUAUCCUACAGGUAUAGCUGCAGCUGUUCCAGCACAACCACAGUUUAUUGUUCCUGCUCCUUCUCCUCAGUACAUCCAAGGCAGCGGUUCUGACCAGACCACUGGGUCAUACAUAGUCAUGCUCACCAGAGAAGUCAAGAGGGGUCUGAGUCGCUCCGAAUGGGUGGAGAAGGGAUGCGGAAUAUUCUUCCUUUACCUAGUGUAUAAAAAACUCUUUUAUGGUGCUGCCCGAGCUCACGACGAGUAA